AGAUUAAUAUAUCUUAAAUCCUCUCAGCAAAGGCAAUGUGAUGUGAGGCUGCAGUGAAAGAUGACUGUAAGCAGAGUCAAGGAAAAAGCGGACAGGAUAUUUGAAUGUUAUUUACAGCUCGAAGUUGUCGAUGGAAAAAAGACGGUUACAUACAAGUAUCCUGACAAUUUCGACAAUCAGGAUAUUCUGCACAAUGUUCCGGUGUUCUGUUUCCCGAUCACCAACAUGCAGGCGGGCAAGUAUUUUGGUUUUACUAUAACGAACUGUGCGGAGUCAAUGUUCUCUUUUGGCUACUGCUAUACUACAUCAGCCACUACAGCUAUAUGCGUAGUCAGCUACCUCCCUUGGCACGACUUCUUCCACCGAUUUGUGCUGAUGGUGGAGAAGAUAAUGAACGUAGCCCAAUACAAAAGGAACGCUCACGAAAUUGUCGGCACUCUCUACCGCUCCCCUGUACCACCUCCUGGACCCUUUUCUUUUGAUGCCGGAUCUAUGCUCUGCAAGCUGUCUGUACCAGAUCACCAAGGGCUGGUGUCCCUCUCAGAAAACAGGAACCAGUCUACCCUCCUUCCUCUGCUCAACACACGGUGCCUCUACACACUCUACAUGGCCCUCAUCAUGGAGAGGAGAAUUAUUCUGGUGUCUGAUUCGCUGGAUAGGUGCUCAGCAGCCGUAUACGCUGCCCGGGAUUUGUUAUUUCCCAUGUACUGGCAACAUGUCUUCAUACCUGUUCUCCCUGAAGCUCUGAUAGACUACGUUGCGGCUCCAAUGCCUCUGUUGAUAGGUCUCCACAAGUCACUUGAAGAACGAGCUAGAAGAAUAUGGGGUGAAGAGCUAGUUCUAGUGGAUCUUGAUAACGAUGAAAUGCAGGUGCCUCCUUCAUUGCUGAACGAAGACAUGCUGAAAAUACCUCACAGCAUUGAGGAAAGUGUCAUGGAGGGGAUCAAGGGAAUCAAGAAAAUGUACGAGAAUGAUGAAACGAGGAAAAAGAUAGGAGAUAAGCUAUCUAAAAUGUUCUGCGUCACGCUGGUAGCAAUUGUAGGAAACUACAGAGGCUCGUGCAGAUUUGACAAUACAAAGAGUAAAACUUUCUCCUUCGACCAUGAUAAUUUCCUUCACUCCAGACCAGCCAAUUUACAAGAAAUUGUAACCAAACUUCUGCAAUGCCAGCACUUUGAUGAGUUCAUUCAGGAGAGGCUGCAAAUAAUCCAGGGGGUGAAACCACGUGACGCGUACGAGGAACUCUCAGUUGACUACUAUCAGACCGGAUCUCAUAAAAACUACCUCAAAUCGUGGAUAAAUGACGAGAUCGCUAAAGAGUGGAACCCUCAGAUAGCAAGGAUAAACAACGGGGCCUUUGCCAUCCAAGGUUUCAUGUCCGAUAUGAACAGUGGAACUAGAGUUUCCAGUCCAAAAAUGAACACCGGAAAGGAAAUGCCCGUGACCAGAACUGCUCCCACCAAACCAAUGCCGUGGCAUUUAUACAAGAAUACGUUACUGAACCUUCCUGCCUUUCUUAGGGACAACACACUUCCACCUCCGACCAUUGAUGAGAAGUUGUUUAACUUGAUGAUAGGAAACCUGGAUCAUAUUAAUUCCAACCCUUCCAUUAAUUCCAACAAACAAACUGGACAGGUUGAAAUGAGACGCUCUGCCACAAUAAGUCGCCAGGUUCCUGUUCAGUCCAGAGCAGUGCCACCUCGACCACUCUCCCACCACGGCUCACUUUCCAUCCCUCGAAACCUCCCUUCCAAGCCUCCUCCUCCUCAUCAGAACACUAACAAUUCCCAAAAUGAGGUUAACGUCGGACAACUUAUUUCUCUUGGCGAUGACGAUUAGUUGUUCCUAAAAACGACAAAUUGUUGUUCUUGACGUCGAGAUAUCUGUUAGUUGGUAUUUAAGAGGUACGGGUUUCAGUUUAAGAAUGAGUUGCGGAGUGAGAAGAGGGCUAGUUAGAGCUAGUUUAUAAUUUACACUGUUACAGUCAACUUGUUACUAAUACUGUACUAUUUUUUUGAAUGACAUGGUCUUUAAAUUUAAUGGAGAGGUAAAUUAUCAUGAUAUUGGUUAUGUUUUUGAUAGUAAACCAGCAUCUAUAACCUUCAUAUUUAGGGAUUAGCUUUUUUUUCCUGCUGCUUGUUAUUGUUCGGAGAGAAAGUUUAUUGAAUUACAUUUUCGUUGCUAAUUUGUGCCGUUUAGAAAUAGAUCUGAUUAGCGAGUAUUUUCAGGAACAGUAGCCUUGAAAUAAGAUUCAGUUUACUUUUUGAAUUUUUGAAUUUUAGCUUGAUAGGAUUUUCGCAUUUCAAUGUUUAUUUUUAAUUAUGCUGAGGUGAAAUCAUAGAUAAGAAAAUGUAAUAUUCCUACGCUACCAUUUUAUCUCUACUUUAGUCUCAACGUUGACCAGGAGUUUAGAUAAAUAUUAGGAAUAAAAUCAAGUUAAAAUUAUAAUCUUCCCUGAGUUUAUCCACUCAAAGUAUCUGUGACGCAUUUAAAAGAGAUGGACUGAAAAAUGAUAUACAUAGUUUAAGUGAUGUUAUUAAAAUUGGUUAUUAUAACAUGUCAUAUUGCAUAAUUGAUAAUACGAUAUUGGAUAUAUGUCUUGCGCAUGUGCUUGAAGUUGACUGUGCCGUUAAUUCCAGAAUUUUACUAAUCAGCAUAUACAAACGUCGAGCUAACGUUAUUUGUAAAUGUUUCAUUUUAGUUUUUAUAUGCGUGUUACUGUUAUUGACUUCUGAUUACAUUUGUUCGAAUUGUUGAA